UUUAUAGAUUAUAUUUAAACAUCUCAGUUAUGCUCCUGUUUGCAGUUAUUCAGUAGGUAACAUGGUCACAUGGUUCUCAUUAUAAAGGAAGUAAAUGUUUAAAUUGGAGUAUUAAUAAUUAUAAUAGAAUGCUAACAAGCUUGCAACUAUAUGUUCUUUUUCCGGUGUGAAGAAGAAGAGGAUUACACAGGUACAUUUGUAGAUGGCAUAGCAAAUGGGACAUUUUCCACUGGCUGUCAUUUAUAGAACAGGAAAUCAGUUACAUACAGCAGCAGAAGGAGCUUAAUGCCAUUCUACCAUCGUCUCUGUGUGCCAAGAAUAAUUACUUGAGAUUAUUUAUUGUAAUUGCAUUGGGUGGGACUGAAAACAGACCUACAAAAUGGAUGCAUGACAGAUGGGUUACAGUUGUGCAUGGGCAGGUCUGGUAUCUGGGUCUGGGUGUGUUUCCUGAGGCAGGAGAAGAAUGGAUACUUUGCCUCUGAGAGAUGACAAACUGCAGGAUAUUUGCUUAACGCACCACAAGAGGGCGCAAUGGGGAAAGCAGGUUUCACUGGACUCCAGGAGCCUUACUUGGGCUCCAGAAGUCCCCGGCUGGACCCCCUGAUCUGGUCUGCUCCUGAUUUACCGGAGAAGAUGACCGAAGAUGAAGAUGUCUGGUUUCCACGGCCUCUUGCAGAAGGUCAUGUGUGUUAGGCUCCCCAGCGCUAAUCCGUCCUGGGUGACAGUGUGCAGACACCCAGCCGCUAAUCUGCUAUUUAGGUCUAUGUGACUUUGCGACAGUCAGCUGGCCUCCACACCGGAAGAGGAGAAGAAUGUCCAGCCACUGGGCACACUCCCGACCCCCUCAGCCUGCUGCGGAAGCCCCUACCUGGAGCCACAUGACUUCCCGAGCAAGAUCAGGAACCCAGAAGAACACAGUGGUCGCAGGAAAGGCCAUCAUCGACAUAACGACUGCAUCGUUAGCGGCUGUACGGCCCAGCCCAAAGCCAUUGGACUCAAACAGCAUGCACAGGGAGAGAGGCGUUAAGAUGGGGAAGACCUCCAGGACAGGAAAGGGGAGGCUUCUACGUUACAAAGCCCAUCGGGAGCUUUGGAUGAAGAGGGAGAAGGUGAAUCCGUGGACCAUGCCCACGAAGGAGGCACGAGCAGGGCUGAAGGCGGAGUCCCCAUCCCGUGCUGUCAGGGAUGAAUCACAUGCAAACUGCAGCCCCUUUGAGAAGGUCCUGCAUGAGAUGAUACAUGACGUGCGGGUGACCCGUGACAUCACUCUGGGCUCUCGCAUUGGCCUCUACGAGUUGCGUGGCGAGAUCGGGGCCGGAAAUUUCUCCCAUGUGCGGCUGGGGAUUCACGUGUUGACCAAAGAACAGGUAGCGAUCAAGGUUCUAGACAAGAAAUCCGAGCUGUUUGCCUCGGAGAUCUCCUGCAUGCAGAGUCUGUCUCACCCCAACAUCGUGUGGCUGUACGAGGUUCUGGAGACGCCCCGCCGCCUCUACCUUGUGAUGGAAUACGCCAGCGGAGGAGAGCUCUUCUCCCGCAUCAUCACCAGAGGGCGCCUGAACGACCUGGAAAGCAGGCUGGUCUUCUCUCAGAUCGUCUCCGCCGUCAAGCACAUGCACGACCGAGACAUUGUGCACCGGGACCUGAAGGCGGAGAACGUCUUCUACACCACGGGCUGUUGCGUCAAGGUGGGCGACUUUGGCUUCAGCACAGCCUGCGGCCCCGGCGAGCUUCUUAGCACCUUCUGUGGCUCCCCACCCUAUGCCGCGCCCGAGCUCUUCCGGGAGAGGGGCUAUGUGGGCCAGCUGGCAGACCUCUGGGCGCUGGGCGUCCUGCUCUACUUCAUGGUGACGGCCAGGCUGCCCUUCAGCGCCGACAAUCUGAGCUGCCUGAGGAAGUCCAUCCUACGUGGCACCUACCAGCUGCCCGGCCAUGUGCCCUCGCCCUGCCGCCGACUCCUCCACGGCCUGCUCCAGCCCGCGCCGCUGGACCGCCUGUCUAUCGCCCAGGUGAUGGCCAGCAGCUGGCUGAUGGGCGUCGCCUCCCCCAAGCCGUACCCCCCCACCCGGCCCACCCCAGCCCUCCUGCUUGAACCCUCAGUGGAUCUCUCCGCGGAGGAGGUGGAGGCCAAGGAGGCACUGGGCCGCCUGGGCGUGACGGAGGCUCACCUGAGCAACAAUGCCUGUGCCGACCUGCUCAGCCCCGUGACGGGCGCCUACCGCAUCCUGCUGCACCGUGCUCAGAAGUGCAGCUCUGCGGCCAGUCUCUACCCCGACGACUUCCAGCCCUUUGACCUGCAGGGGGGCAACACCACAGCUCUGAGGAGGCACAGCCCCUCUGCCGUCUGCCGUAUUUUGUAGGCGGCCGUGCACUUCCAGACAAAAUGAAAAACGAAAACCCGUCAGCAAGAACAAUCUGCUGGUACCAUGUUCCUUAUGCAUCACUCCACAACCCUAGAGGGCGCCGAAUGUUUUACAUGCAGCCGAACCACAUACAGAACGCAAAUACAUCUAAGGAAAUGACAGCCUGUUUAAAGAGAAAGUACCUCUUUUCAUUAAUAGCCACUAUUGGUCUAAUACAAGCAGCGGCACAGACAGGGGAGAUGGCAAUAUACACGACACUCAUGGUUACACGCUAACGAAACACUCGCAUUUCACGGUAAACAUUACUUGGUUACAGCAUUUAUUAUUUAGGACAUAAAUACACAGAUACACAUUAAUUUACACUAUUUAAAGUGUGGUGCAGUGCAAAGCAUGCUGGUAACUGCAUAAUCAGUCCUGCUGACCAGCACUGCAGUGUCACAUUAUGUCAGCCAAUCGUGGACAUAAAUGAAGAAGGUUGCCUCGAGUCACCUACAAGGUGGUGAUCAGCGCUCAUACAAUGCUUUAUUAGCUAAAACGACAUCAGUUCUGUCAAUUUUGUUUUGAAGUAUGCGGUCACCUUGUUAACCGUGUUAAUGUAAGUACGCCAGAUGCAUUAAUGAAGUAACCUGUGUCUGUAAUUGUAUUGCACCCUCUUGUGGCCAAAGUGUAUAUGGCAGGAAGGAUAUCGUGGCCAAAUGCAAAGACAUAAAAGAGCAGCUUGGUAUGUCAGAGAAUCACAAUCAAAACUCCGUCUUCAUGGUGUUAUUUUAAUCCUGCUAGUAAAGCUCAUUUGGAAACGAGGAAGUGAUUUCUGGUGUAGUUUUUGCACACUUCCGUACAAGCAACAAACUAAUCUCAGAAACAGUAUGCUGCAUAUCUUUUAUAGAUCUUGAAAGUGUAAAUACUUUUAAU